AUGGAGGAGUUGGCUAGAGAGAGCAUCAGCUUGCUAGCUAAGCCAUCUCUGGAAUCUGAUAGCCCCCAACUUUCCUCCUUUGGUGCCAUCUUCAUCUUGCUAAAAUCUGCCCUUGGAGCAGGACUCCUGAAUUUCCCCUGGGCCUUCAAUAAAGCUGGUGGAAUGGCCCCAGCGAUCUACGUGGAACUGGGAUCUUUGAUAUUCCUUAUUAGUGGCUUAGUAAUCUUGGGUUAUGCUGCUUCCAUCAGCACUCAGACAACCUACCAAGGUGUGGUGAGAGAAAUCUGUGGGUCAGCUGUGGGCAAGCUUUGUGAAGUGUGCUUCAUCUUGAACCUCUUCAUGAUCUCCGUGGCCUUCCUCAGAGUUAUGGGAGAUCAACUGGAAAAAUUAUGUGACUCUUUCUCCCUCAACGAAACCCUGAAUGGAGACACUUUUCGCCCGCCCUGGUUUAUUGACCAACGUUUCACUUUGUCUACCUUGUGCCUCCUGGUUAUUUUCCCACUCUCCAUCCCAAGACAAAUUGGCUUCCAAAAAUAUACAAGUAUCCUUGGCACUUUAGCUGCCUGCUACCUGAUGCUGGUCAUCGUGCUGAAAUAUUAUCUCCGAACAGAUCACGCUGUCAAGCAGGAGCGUUUCCAUUCUGCUAGCUCUUGGGCCUCCAUGUUCAGCGUUGUCCCAACCAUCUGUUUCGGAUUUCAGUGUCAUGAAGCCUGUGUGGCCAUCUACUGCAGCCUGAGCGAUAAGAGACUCUCCCACUGGGUGGUGAUAUCUGUGUUGUCCAUGCUCUUCUGCUUGUUGAUAUACUCCCUGACAGGUUUGUAUGGCUACUUCACAUUUGGAGCUGACGUCGCGGCGGACAUCCUAAUGUCCUACCCUGGAAAUGAUGUGAUGGUUAUUGUAGCUCGGCUGUUAUUUGGCAUCUCCAUUAUCACCAUCUACCCCAUUGUCCUUUUCCUAGGCAGGUCUGUCCUGCAAGAUGUGUGCCUUGGCUCCAAGCAGGGCUGCAUCCAGAUGGAGACCAGCGAGAAAUGUAUGCGGAUUUUGCUGACCAUGGCCUGGGUGGUGGUCACCCUCAUCAUUGCCCUGUGUGUACCUGACAUCAGCGAGGUGGUCAGUGUCAUUGGAGGGAUUGGGGCCUUCUUCAUCUUCAUAUUUCCAGGGCUGUGUUUGGUGUUUGCAAUGGAGACGGAACCCUUCAGGCCAAGAACCAAGUCCUGCCUAAUUGCCUGGGGGAUGAUCACCGUCUUUUGUGGAGCUUUCAUCUUUGGGCAAAGCACAGCAUCUGCCGUCAUGGUCCUAUUGCACAAACUCUAG